CUUUAUAAUCGGUACAAAAUAUCCCAAAAGGGUAACUUGAGCCGUGUUUUGUUUUCCCUUUCCCUCCACUAAAACACUAGUGUUAGAGGUUUUUAUUUUGGUCUGAAGUGUGAGAGGUUUAUAGAGGGAACAAAUGCUAUCGCGACGACUUCCUUCUACGGCGGUUUCCUUCUCAUGGCGGCGGUCCAGACUCCCGAACUUGGUCCCCACUCAGACGGUGCAGAUGGUUCAGACAUCACUCGAGUCACUCUCCGUUUGCCCUAAUAAAGUUUGCAUGAUGGCCUUCUGUUAUUCCACCAGUCCUCAAAUAUCCGCCGACUUGACCGACUCAAUCCCCCAACCGCCGUCAAAACAAGGUCCUCUUCAACCCGGUCUGUAUCUAGUAGGAACUCCAAUUGGAAACCUCGAAGAUAUCACUCUACGAGCCCUCCGAGUCUUAAAAUCAGCUCAUGUAAUACUUUCAGAAGAUACAAGGCAUUCGGGAAAGCUGCUCCACCAUUACAAUAUUAAAACUCCCCUUCUGAGCUAUCACAAAUUCAAUGAAACCCAAAGGGAACAAACUGUGUUGAAGAGGCUGAAGGAAGGUGAAAUUGUGGCGCUCAUAAGUGACGCUGGGAUGCCAGGCAUCAGUGAUCCUGGCACCGAAUUGGCAAAGCUAUGUGUGCAUGAAAACAUCCCUGUUAUUCCUAUACCUGGGCCAUCCGCUUUUGUUGCUGCCCUUUCUGCCUCUGGCCUAUCCACUGAUGAGUUUACGUUUGUUGGAUUUCUCCCUAAACAUGCUGGAUCUAGAAGAGAGAGGCUGAUGGUUUCAGCAAAUGAGGCGACGACACAAAUAUUCUAUGUGCCUCCCCACAAGCUUCGUCAGUUUCUUGAAGAGGCUUCUUCACUUUUUGGUGUUACAAGACAAUGUGUCAUAGCUCGUGAAAUUACAAAAGUUCAUGAAGAGUUUUGGCGGGGUACAUUGGGAGAAGCUGAAGAAGUGUUUUCUACUCGGACACCAAGAGGUGAAAUUACAGUGUUAGUUGAAAGAAAGGAAAAUUCUCCGGUUGAAACACCAUCAGAGUCUCAGCUUGAGGAUGAGUUAAGAGAUUUGAUUUCCAAUGGGCAUAGCCUUUCUACGCAGAUGGAUCUCAUUAUGGAGGUCUUGGUUGGGGCAGUACCACAUCACACUCGUACAACCAUUCUCACAAGAAAAGGAUGUCUUUCUUGUGAGAGUGGUCGUGGGAUAACGUGGCUGGACCGCCUCACUCAAGACUCUCCUCUUGGCUGUCAAAUUAGUGGCUGAUGGCACAUCAGUGAGAAAGAAAACGAUAUAUUCAAUCGCAUUGAGAAAAUUUGGGAAGCAACUUGGUUCAGAGAAUCAUGAAGAUCCAUGCAAGCGACAGCUGGAGUGACCUUAGAUGUU